CUUAGCUAGCAGUUCUCGGGCACAGCAAGAAGCCAACAAGAUCGAACUACUCGAGUAGAGAUGUCGUCGUCGUCGAUGUCGGCUAACAUUUCCGGCGAGCCGCCGGCGGUGCGCGUGCUGGGAAGUUGGGCAAGCCCGUUCGUUCACCGUGUCCUGGUGGCGCUGAACCUGAAGGGGGUGGAGCACGAGGUGUUGCAGGAGACGGUAGGGAAGAAGAGCGAGCUGCUGCUCAGGUACAACCCGGUGCACAAGAAGAUCCCCGUUCUGCUCCACCACGGCAAGCCCAUCGCCGAGUCUCUCGUCAUCGUGGAGUACAUCGACGAGGCCUGGGCAUCCUCCAAUGGCGCCCCGGCCAUACUCCCUCGCGACCCCUACCGCCGCGCCGUCGAGCGUUUCUGGGCACACUACGUCGAUGACAAGUUUCCUCAGGGGAUUCGGGUGUUGAGAGGAAGCGAGGCCGGCGGAGACAAGAACAAAGCGGCGGAAGAAAUGUCCGCCGCUCUGCAGCAUCUGGAGGAGGCGUUUGCCAGGUGCAGCCAAGGGAAGCACUACUUCGGCGGCGACAGCAUCGGCUACCUGGACAUUGCCCUGGGUUCGCACCUCGGAUGGGUCAGGGCGGUGGAGAAGAUCGCCGGCGUCCAGCUCCUCGACGACGCCAAGGUCCCGAACCUGGCUGCCUGGGCGGAUCGCUUCUGCGCGCACCCGGCCGUGGUGGACGUCAUGCCUGACGCCGACAAACUGGUCCAGUUCACCGUUGAGCAUGCCGCUUUGUUGAAGGCAGUGAAUGCUCCCAAGUGAUCAGUGAUAAUUGUUCUGCUUUCUGCUGCCAGUGCUGUCACUGCUGUGGUCAUUAGGGAAAGCACGUUAAGAAUAAGAUAUUUGCUCCGGUCCAACAAAAGUACUAAAUCAUUUCUCACCAUUAGAUCCAGAUGAGUACGAUAUACGUUGUUAGAUAUAACAAUCUAGAACAAUUUGAUACCGCGAGGUACCGAUAUCUCGAUGUAUUUUUUGUUUGACUAUAAAUUUGCUCAUAUCGGUGGAGUAUUUACAUACCAAAUUUUUAUACGGAGACAAACGCUAAACAUAUGAAUAGUGUCUUCAGCAGAUAGGGAAAGGACCUCCGAUUGAGGAAAAGAUGUAAUCCUACUCAUGACCAACCAUAAAAUAUAGUGUUUAUUUAGAUAAUGGGUUAGUAGGGUGGGAUUGGGAUAAGAAAAUGACAGAAGGAUGGAGAUUGUUAUGGAACCUCUCUCUUUAGGAGAUAAUGUUUCUAUUCGUGUGGACCAAUCCAAAACGAUUAUGAUGAUAGAGUUUGUUUCUAUGUCUAGCCUCACUCAACAUAUAAAUAGAGGAGCAUGGGUGUCCGUUAUUGUACACAUAAUCUUUGAUAAUAAAGGG